GCGAGGAGCCGCGGCUGCCGCUAUUUAAGACGGCUGCCUCGCGGGCGCGGGCAGAGCAGGGCACCGGGCAUGGAGCGGGGUCUCGCCCUCCUGCUCGCCCUCCUCCUGGGGCUCCUCCCGCGAGGCCGUGGUGCGCGCCUGGAGGUGCAGCCGCCCGAGCCCGUGGUGGCGGUGGCCCUGGGCGGGUCGCGGCAGCUCAUCUGCCGGCUGGCCUGCCCUGGCCGGGGGACCGCCUCGGUGCAGUGGCGCGGCCUGGACACCAGCCUGGGAGCGGUGCAGUCGGACGCAGGCAGCUCCGUGCUCUGGGUGCGCAACGCCUCGCUGUCGACUGGGGGCACCCGCGUGUGCGUGGGCUCCUGCGGGAACCACACCCUGCAGCAGACCGUGCAGCUCCUGGUGUUCGCCUUCCCAAACCAGCUGACUGUCUCCCCAGCGGCCCUGGUGGCCGGAUGGGACCAGGAGGUGGCCUGCACAGCCCACAAUGUCACACCUUCCGACCCCGAGGCCCUCUCUCUGUCGCUGCUCCUGGACGGAGAGGACCUGGAGGGGCUGCGGGUCCUGGGAAGGGAGGUGGAGGCAGAGCCCCAGGAUGACCUGCUGUUCCGAGUGACAGAGAGCUGGCAGCUGCCCCCGCUGGGGACUCCUGCCCCACCUACCCUCCACUGCCAGGCGACCAUGAGGCUACCAAGCCUGGAGCUGAGCCACCAGCAGCCCAUCCCAGUCCUGCACAGCCUGACCUCCCUGGCGGCAUCGGUCAUGACCUCCCCAGAGGCCACCCCCGAGGAGGGCUCCACCUCCACGCCAGGGAGUCCCGGCCCCCAGCCCAGGAACAGCUCUGCCAGUCCCUGCCGCCCUGAGAUCCACCAGUCGCCAGCACCAGGGGGUUUGGAGCUGCUGUGUGAGGCAGCCUGUGGCUCUGCUGUGGCCGUUCGCUGGACAGAUGCCCCUGGUGGUCUAGCAGCCUACGAGACUCGGGAGGCUGGGGCCCGGGCUUGGCUGAGCGUGUUGUGGGCCAGCUGCAACCCCGAGGGCUGGUUCCAGUGCCGCCUGGACCCUGGGGGCCAGACGGCCAGCCAGUACCUGGUCCCGGAAAUCUGUUUCCCACCAGCCUCUGCUGCCCUGUGGACCGGCAGCUUGGUGCUGGGGCUGCUUCUCCUGGUGUUUCUCACCCAUCGCCUGUGGAAAUGCUGCCAGACUGACCGCUGAAGUCCAGGCCCACCCACUCCUCUGGGCCCC